AUGGAAGAACACAAGGAAAAUCAGCUAGAUUAUGAGUCAAAGAAAGUGGAAAUCUUAAGACUGGCCCAGUCAAAGAGGAACAUUAACAGUUUGAACAUGGACCUUGAAAAGGAUAUGCAGAGAAUAGACGAAGCAAAUCAGGAACUUCUCCUCAAAAUCCACGAGAAAGAAGAUGAGAUUCAGAGGCUGGAAAGUGAGGUCACUCAGACCAGAGAUUCGGCAGAAGAUGAGGAGUGGGAGAAGGAAAACUGCACCACACUAGAAAGGGAAAGAGCCUUGCAGGAGCUGGAAGAAGAAACAGAUAGACUUGUAAGCUAGGAGGAAAGGAAGAAUGAGACUCUGGUCCACAGUAUAGACGACCUGCAAAGAAAGCUUACAAGAAAAUCACCUAAAGCAACCAGGUCUGAAAAGGGCAAUCUAGAGGGAACCCCAGAAGAGUCAAAGGCUAAGUUACAGCAGCUGGAAGCUUCCUGUGCUGACCAAGAGAAGAAGCUGACCAAGGUAAUGGAAGACUUUGCAUUUGUGGUCCAGCUCUGUGAAGACCAGGCCCUCUGCAUAAAGAAGUACCAGGAAACUUUGAAGAAAAUAGAAGAAGAAUUAGAGACUCGGUUCCUUGAGAGAGAAGUAUCAAAAGUCUUGAGCAUGAGCUCUGCAAGCAAAAAGUACAACAGCCGAAAUAAUAAGGUAAGCACUCCGCUGACCCUCAGCUUCUCUCAGUGCCAUUGCCUCUCAAAGGAGAUUUUCCGAUACUCCUUUUUCAUCACCCUGUUUUUCAUCAGACUUCUGGGCUACUUGUUUUUCCAUAUAAGUUUUAUAAAUCCAGAUGUACUUAUCAACGUACUGCCCAAGAUACUGAGCAGGGGCAUCUUGUGGAAGCUAAGAAGCUUCCUGUUUCCAUCUCUCACGCUUGAGACAGAGGACAUGCUACCCCACUGA